AUGCAUAAGCAAGAUCUGGCCAACGGCCAUUCGGCGGAAGAGCCUGAAGUAAAAAUUGCAAAGCUCCAGGAAAAAGUUGGACCACAAACCAUUGAUUUGUCGUUGAGCAACUGCUACACAUCCGAAGAGUUUGCCAAGCAGUUACAAAAACAAUGGUUCUCGGAACAAACAAAAGACUACAAAGACGAUAAGACCGGCGUUGAGCUAUACACGGACCCCUUUCAAAUAUGCCUGCUUCCUAAUUUGUUAAAAGAAACCGACAGCUGCAAGCUAUUGGUCGAGGAAAUGGUGAAAAAAGUCCAUUGGUCAAGAAAACAAAUGGAUCUGUAUGAAUUCUACCAGAGCACUGAUUUGUCAAAUAUGAUUGAGUGUAAAUUCCUGGCCAACUUUUUACAAAUGCUUCGCAGAUCCGUGAGACCUUGGUUGGAAAAGUUAACCAAUUUAAAGCUGGACUAUGUGUCAGCAUCAUGUUCCAUGUACACCUGCGGUGAUUAUCUUUUGGUACACGACGAUUUGUUGAAGGAUCGUCAAAUUGCCUUCAUUUACUACCUCUCCCCUUGGGAGGAGAAUGAACAAUGGAAAGAGGACCAAGGAGGUUGUUUGGAGAUAUUUGCCAGUGAUGAGAAAUGCCUGCCUAGUUUUCCUGUUAAAAGAAAAAUUGCACCGAAAAAUAAUCAAUUUGCCUUUUUCAAAGUUGGUUCAAAAUCAUUUCAUCAGGUUGGUGAAGUCACAACGUUCGAUUAUCCUCGCUUGACCAUAAAUGGCUGGUUCCAUGGAGCCUCGAAUGAAGAUCUAAUUGCCGAUGCCUUACGGCCCUUUGCAAAAUUACAAUUCAAACCUCCCAUAUCUGUUAAUCCCCCAUCAUCCGUAGACCUCUUGUUGAAUGAGGUCUACUUAAAACCCACAACAAAACGCAGUAUUCAAAAGAGAAUAGAAGACAAUUCGGAAAUUUGCCUAUAUGAAUUUUUCCGCAGGGAAAUAUUUGAAGCGGCCUUAAAGGAAUUACUUAACGACGAAACACUGAAAUGGUCACGCCAAGGACCAGCUAAUGCACAAAAUUUUGAAGUACUCGAUUUGAAGACUGCGACCAAAACGCUUACACAAAUAAUCGAUUUAUUUUCAAAUACUGAAAUGUUUAGCCUACUAAGAGACUAUACAGACUUGGAUUUGUCGGGACCGAAUGCCAAAAAUCCUCAAUUUACUUUAGAAAUCCAAAGAUGGUCGCAUGGUGACUAUACCGUUUUGGGAGAUGGUGCUAUAUGUGAAGACAAUACCCUAGAUUUAAUAUAUUAUCUUAAUGCCUCGGAGGGUGCAGCAAUAAUUACAUAUCUGUCCCCAGACACUGAACAACCAGGCGGAGGACAAAAACAGACUGGUGAUGAUGAAAGUGAUACCGAUUCAUUGGAAGGGGAAGGUUUCGAUGACGAUGAUGAAUCGGUUUUACUAACCAUAACACCGGUAGAUAAUGCUCUCAACAUCGUCUAUCGUUGUGAGGGUACAACGAAAUUUACAAAAUAUGUAUCGCGUAAUACACCAUUGGACAGGGGACCAGUUUUUGUUAUUUCCUGCAGUUAUAAGGAAUAAAG